GGGAGGGAUGCUCCGGCAUCUGUUGAACAUUCCUUCGCAUCUGGAUUCUUCGCUUUCCCCUCCUAGAAUAUUUCUUCUGCAAAAACGGAGGGGGGCAACGCAUUUCUGACCAGAAGUGCAGCGACUUGAGGUGAAAAACACCUUUAGACGUCAUUGUUUUUUUUUUUGACCUCCUCUUCAGUGUAUCGAUAAUGGCGGCCACCUCUGAAGAAGGGGAUGAAUCCGAAUUCCCUCCCGUGAUUGAACUUAAUGUUGGUGGUGUGUUUUAUACCACGUCUCAUGCCACCUUGACGAAAGAAUCCAACUCUUUGCUGGCGCAAUUAUUCGGCGGGCCCCUCUCAGCAGGUCCCUAUCGAGACUCUAAAGGGAAAUUUUUUGUGGAUAGGGAUGGAGUUCUAUUCCGGUACAUCCUGGAUUACCUCCGGGAUCAGAGAAUCGUCCUGCCCGAGAAUUUCCAUGAAAGACUGAGACUCCGGCACGAAGCCGAAUAUUUUAACCUUCCAGGUCUCAUUGCCAAGCUGGAUUCGAUCCCAGCUGCCAAUUCUCCUGCUUCGCUAAUUGCAAAUGCAUUUCAUACUUCCUUGCCAGGAGCUCCUACGGGCCCUCCGGGGUAUAUUAUCAUUGGAUACCGAGGUACCUUCGCUUUUGGUCGAGAUGGUUUAGCAGAUGUUAAAUUCCGUAAGCUGACUCGCAUCUUAGUGAGCGGUCGUGUGAAUCUUUGUCGAGAGGUGUUUGGAGAGACCUUGAAUGAAAGUCGGGAUCCAGACCGUGGUAGCGACUGCCGAUAUUCUGCGAGGUUCUUCCUCAAGCACAAUUUCUUGGAGCAGGCUUUUGACAAUUUGCAGGAAGCUGGGUUCAGAUGCGUUGCUGCAGCAGGUUCUGGAACCUCCUGUGGCGGAGUCGGUGAGCCCAUGAAACCUGGUAUGGAUAGUGAAGAAAAUAGAUGGAACCAUUAUAAUGAGUUUGUUUUCACAAGACCCUAAAGAAGCACUCAAAACCGUUUUGUUAUAUUUAAGGAAAACAAAAAUGAACUAUAGAUUGUACACCGACACUUCAUGAUCCAAAAGUUCUUUCCUAAAUUCCAUUUUGACAACUGUGUGUAAAUAUAUCGUUUGUACUGUCUAGUGUUCGCCCUGUUUGAUCAUGUGGAAAUUUGGUUUGAUGACAAUUUUGUUUUUGACUCUCCCAGUGCUUCAAAUGACUUCUCACUCUUCAGCUACUCGAAAGUAGUUUCACAUGCAGAACUUUUAAAAAGAUUUAAACUGAAAUAUUUGUGUGCGCACAUCAAAAAGAUGAAGACAAAACAGUCUGAAAUAUUUGUGAGGCACUGACAACUAUCUUGCAAGUUGGGUCUUAAAUGGCAAUUUUUUGAGAAUAUCAAAUCUUGUUUAUCAUUUCAAUUAUGAUACAUAAGGUAUGUGUUUAUAUUACAUGUUCUUUAUAAAAGUUAAUGCUUUAAUUAAUAACCAUAAGAACUUAAAGUAGUGCUUUCCCCUUGCAAAACAUUAGCAUUUGAGACUAUAAUUGUAAGUGAAAUUCAAACUUAAGUACAAACUGCAUGUUAUCAGAAGUAAAACUAUAACAUAAUCACAGCUUGUACGAAAAAUUAUGCUAAAUUGCAUACAUCUAAGGAAUUUUUUUCUGAGAAAAUGAAUAUUAGGGGAUGAUGUUUUGCGGAAUUCACUUUAUUAUGUAUGAACUGAAUCAGUUAUGCAUAAUUAAUUUUGAACAUAUCAUUUUUUAUUAGUGUUUAGAAUGAUUUGGAAUAGCUAAGAUUAUUGACAGCAGUGAAAAUCGAAGACUUGAGAGAUGACGGUUUUACAACUAUGUAAAGAUAAAACUGUCUUUCAAUAUUUAAGAUUGAUGUUUUUAACACAUAAUUGAUCAUAAUGUUCUUAGUAUCACAUGUACAAUUGUACGUGUCAAUAGUAGCAAGUAAGCAAUGUUUAUAUUUGCUUAUUUUUAAAUGUACAUGUCUUUCUUGUCUGAGAGUGGCGAACACUGGUUCAACUUCUUUUCAGUUUCAAAAAUAUGUUGCUGUUUUUAUAAAAGUGAGUAUAUUAGUUGCUAUUUAAAUGAUUUUUGAGACCCAUUUUUUCUUUUUCUUUUUUCACUCGCAAGAAGGGGUGACUUAGUUCCGAAUUCACAGAAUUUUCUAAAUGUAACUAUUUCAAAUUUUUUCUAUGACUUUUACAUGAUUGUAGUAUGUCCGUUUACUACUGCAUGUGGAAAAUGCUUCAAUUGAAAAGAAAAGGGAUACUUUUUAAAAUUUAUCCAAGAGAAAAUUUUAUUAAAUUUAUUCAAAGGGCAUUUUGAAAGCUAUGAUAUAGAGAAUAAUAUUCGGUAUGAAAAGACUUUCAAGGUUUAAUGUAUUUAAGACUUCA